UCAACCACGGGCCUCUCUGGCAGCAAAGAGACAGCAAUCUCUCCCAGAUGCAGGUGGAACUUGACAUCUUGUGGGACGAGCGUGGCCAGCUCGGAGUGCAGUGAGGAGCUCUUCUCAUCGGUGUCCGUGGGGGAUCAGGAUGAUUGUUACUCUCUGCUGGAUGACCAGGAGUUCACCUCUUUUGAUCUGUUCCCUGAGGGCAGUGUCUGCAGUGAUGUCUCCUCUUCUAUCAGCACAUACUGGGAUUGGUCAGACAGCGAGUUUGAGUGGCAGUUGCCUGGCAGCGACAUUACAAGUGGGAGUGAUGUGCUUUCUGAUGUUAUACCGAGUAUUCCAAGCUCUCCCUGUCUGCUUCCCAAAAAGAAAAACAAGCAUCGGAAUCUUGAUGAACUUCCAUGGAGUGCAAUGACGAAUGAUGAACAGGUUGAAUAUAUUGAAUAUUUGAGUCGCAAAGUCAGUACAGAGAUGGGUCUCCGAGAGCAACUUGAUAUUAUUAAAAUUAUUGAUCCUACUGCUCAGAUCUCACCUACAGAUAGUGAAUUCAUUAUUGAGUUGAACUGUCUCACAGAUGAAAAACUGAAACAGGUGAGGAACUAUAUCAAGGAACACGGACCUCGCCAGCGGUCUGCGAGGGAGAGCUGGAAGAGGAGCAGCUACAGCUGUGCGAGUACCAGUGGUGUGAGUGGUGCCAGUGCCAGCAGCAGCAGUGCCAGCAUGGUCAGCUCAGCAAGCAGCAGUGGCUCCAGCGUUGCCAACUCCGCUUCAAACUCCAGUGCCAACAUGAGUCGAGCGCACAGCGACAGCAAUUUGUCCACAAGUGCUGCAGAAAGAAUCCGGGAUUCAAAAAAACGUUCCAAGCAACGGAAACUCCAGCAAAAGGCCUUACGGAAGAGACAGCUGAAAGAACAAAGACAAGCUCGUAAGGAAAGACUGAGUGGAUUAUUUCUUAAUGAAGAAGUGCUGUCUUUAAAAGUGACUGAGGAGGACCAUGAAGGAGAUGUGGAUGUUUUAAUGUGACAGGGGUGAAUUUAUCAGUGUUCUUUCUAAGCCUUAAAUGUAUUAUCCUUAUUGUUUACAUAUAUUUCUUGACCAAAUUUUGAUUAGUAUUAACAAUACAAACCAGAUCUCUUCUCAAGUGUAAUUUUGCUAAGAAGGUCUAAGUAUUGAGUGACUUCAGCUUUUUGAGACUAAUUUUGCAACAAAGAAUUCAGAAACUUACCUGUCUUCUAAAAAGCUGCUGAAUAGAUAUGAUUUUAAGGAAAUUUGAACUUGGCUAACAUGCUAACUUACUUGCACAUAAGUCUAGGGGUGCUUGUGGAUGACACAAAGCAUGCAUUACUGUGCUUCAGCUUUUUAAGGUUUUUUUUCCAACUUAGAGUUAGGAUUACACUUGACUUUUUCUGUCUUCCUUUCCUAUUAUUUGGAAGAUUGUUUAGCAUGAGGAAAAUCUUUUGCUUUAUGGGGCUUUCUUCAGCCUUGCUCUCGGUUUGUACAAAAUCAAAGUACUGUGGAUAUUUUUCUAAAAGUUGUGAUUUAACUCAAAACUACACAGAAAACAAGAAGCAAAACAUCUAAUGCAGAGAAUCUGUAAUACAAAUACUACCUAAUAAUGUAGUUCUUAGGAACCAGCUAAAAUUUUUAAAAACCCUCUCAAAAUAAUUGGAGGCUUAGUCUUCAGAAGGUUAUUUUGCUGCUCAAUAUCUUAAUGAUCAUUACUAAUGGAUCACCAGUACAUCCCUAGUAUUUCUGUGAAAAUAAUUCCACACAUUUAUGCAUUGAAAAUACAUUAAUCUUCAAUUAAGUUUUCUAGGACACUACUGAAAAUAUUUAAAAACACUACUGGAAACAGAAGUGCAAAUAAGUGGCACACAACUUCAGUGGUUUUCUUCCCCAGAAGCAUAUCUAAAUAGUUCAUAUUAUUGACAGGAGAACUUAAUUAAUGCAGCUGUACUUUUUUAAUUGUAUGUUUAGCUGAGGUUGUCUUCUAUGCGGGUUGUUACAUGAUGCCACGUAUCAGAAUCCUCCUUUUGUUGUCUAUCAGCUUUUGAAAUUUCUCAUUAUAAGAAAAUUACAUAAAAUUGUGGCUUUCAGGUAGGGAAGUAGUAGUAGUAGUUUCAACCUUUUUCUUAAUUCUGACAAUCUUUGACCUGGUUUUAAUCUUUAUCUUGGAACUACUUUUAUAGAACUUCUUCCCCCCAUGACUGAGAAUAAAAUGGUAGUUUCUAAAUUUUGGUGUGAAAUUAAAACAUUUUUAUAAAUUUUUGAGUUCUGAAUUUAGGAAAUAAUUUUUUAUUAUGUUGAUGCUUCAUUACAUUAAUUUUGCUCUUGAAUUAAGGAAUUUGACUGUUUAGUGUGGCCACAGGUGCCUGUAAUUGCAGGAUAUAGCCCAGUCCUGCAGAAUGCAUGGUCAGCUUUAGGACUGCUCACCUUAAUGUUCCAUGUCCUGCACAGACUUAUUAGCCCUGACAGCUGAAGUAUUUUUCUUUCAGAAGUAGCAUUUCUUUUAGCCUCAAAAUAAACUGACUGGUAAAAUAUCUGAGCAAUAACCUCUGAAAGGGUUUUGGUAAGAAAUAAAUGAGGUUCAUAGUCAAACUAAUAUGUUUGAACUUACUGCUGCUCUACAGCAGGUCCCCAUGCUUGGUCAUUGACUGACUAAAAUCCAGGUAAUGCCAUUUUAAGCUCAAAUUAGCUAUCCCAUGUGUCCAGCUAUUUGUCCACUAACCACGAGUGUCUGUGACCUGUCAGUAUUUGCUUGUACUGUGCUGUUGCUGGUUGAUGCCUCCCUCCUAUAUAAUCAAUACUGAAGACUUCUUAACACUAUACACUUUACUGAGAAUUUAGAUUGACUUAGAUCUGGAGCUUCUUUUAAAUAGCUUGUAUGGAAGAUAAAAUUGAAUUUCUAUCAAUUUGGCUAAUUUCAGGCUGCGGUUAUGAAAACUUCCAUGGUAAUAGAUUAAUUCAUCAUUAAAUACUUCACCAUGUGUACACUGUCACAGUUCAGUACAACUUUUAUUUUCUGCAGUGACUUUGAAAUGUGAUUGAAUUUUUUUUCUGAAGAAAAAUGCACACUUUUUACUGUAGAGAAUUGAAACUCUGAAGUGAAUUGUAAGAAAGGUGCAAUAUCUCAGUGUGUUGGAGCAUGAAAGUGUGUCACUUUAUUCUGUUUCAGCAGUUAUUCAGAGUUUAAAAUGCCUCAGGGUUUUGUUGAGAGAAGACCCCGUCAUUUUGAUGAGGUACAUUUCAUUCUGGUCACCUGUCUACU